GUGCGCUUGGUGUGUGCAGCCGCCGCGGCCGGGUCGGGGGCCAUGGAGAACGGAACCGUGUACAGCCCCACCACGGAGGAGAACCCGAGCCCAGGCAGGGCCCCCCGGAGAGGCCUGGGCGCCUGCUGCUCCCUGCACCGGCUCUCGCGGCCCCAGCGCGCCUUCAAACUCGCUGAGCUGCUGCUGUCUCUGCUGGCCUUUAUCUCUGAAGAAGUGGUGUCCCAGUGUACUAUUUGUGGAGGACUUUACUUUUUCGAAUUUGUAAGCUGCAGUGCCUUUCUGCUGAGUCUCCUCAUACUGGUUGUAUACUGCACUUCCGUAUAUGAUAAAGUUGAAUCUCCCAAAGUCAAGUUAUCGGAUUUUUAUAUCACUGCGGCAACGGGAGGUGUAUUUCUGUUGGCAUCCAUCAUUUUUGCUGCCACGCAGGACAGGACCUCAGCUGAAUAUGCUGCAGUGGUGUUUGGGUUCCUGGGAAGUAUUGUGUUCAUAGCUGACGCCGUCAACAUGCACUUACAGGACCGAAGGGCUGCUGACAUGAACAAGCCUGAGGCAGCUCCCAAGACGACCCUCACUGAGCCACUCAAUGCCUGAGAACUCACCGGGGACAGGAGUCACCCAUGGGUGACUGUGUGGUGCCAGAGCCCUGGCAGGUGGCCUGGAGGAAUUUUAUUCCAGUAAAACCAUUUAAUAGGGGAGAGCAGGGGGAAGGGCCCAGGGGCAGUUUUGUCAAUAUUGGACUUUGUAUCAGUCACCACAGAUUAAGCCAGAGGGGGUUUUCGGGAGUAUUGUUUUUUUUUUUUUCCCUUAAAACUUUUUUUUUUUUAAAUAACGGUUGAACACAUUAAAUGGAGUAUGUGGAGGUUUAUUUUUGGAGUGGGGGCAAUUUCUUUUUAAAUUACAUAAACUCAGCUGCCAAUAAAUUACUCUUAUCAUUGUUAUUAGACUUAGCUUUCAAAUUAUGCUUUAGAAUUCUAUAAACAGCUUGAUUAAGUUCAUCCAUUUAGAAUUUUAAAAAAAUGUUUAGUUAUGACUUUGUUUUGAUGAUUAGGUUUGUAAUGUACAUUUUAAAAGAUCACUCAAAUGUUCACUAGGUUUUUUUUUUAACCCUUUAAAUGUAAUAACCAGGCUUUACUGUAUUUCACUCAGCCUUAAAGUUGUAGGGUAAUUUUAGGAUAAUUAUUACCUCUUUCUGGUACUUUGUAGUAGAAAAAUGUGUGGGAGGUGUUGGUAUUUUUUAUGUGUGAAAGCAGUAAUUCCCAGCACCUCGUGUUUAUAUGCACUUUUGCUGUUGUUGAUAUCAGGAAAAAAAGCAACACAAGGUUUUUAUAUGACAGAAGAGAAAAGUGGGGAAAAAAAGCGACUAUUCCUAUGGACCAAAGAGAAGAAAGGCUACCUUUCAUGUAGGACUGCAGAAGUGGUUACAGAGGUUUCAACCCCCAGUAUCUCUAGAGGUCAGUUCAUGCUAUGAAUUAGAAAACGAAUCCUUGGGGGCUGGAAAGAUAGUACCACAUUUAGGGCACUUCCUUGCAUUGGGCAGCCAAUCCAGGUUCGAUCCCUGGCAUCCCAUAUGCUCCCCUGAGCCUGUCAGGAGUGAUUCCUAAGCAUAGCCAGGUGUAGCCCCAACCACCCACCCUCAAAAAAAAAAAAAAGAAAAAAGAAGUGUUCCUAAUUAUUUUUAAAAAGAGCUGUUCGAUCAUUUCUCCUGAAGUUAGCCCAAUACUGGAAGACCCUGUCAGUGGUUCCUUUGAAACCAGUAUUCCUGUUUGGGGUUGGGGUGUUGCAAAUAACCAGCCUGGGGCCUCACACCUGCAGCAUAUGUCCUGUGGCCAAAGCACACUCUUGGCCCCAGUUCAUUUUUCUAGAUGCCUUUGGGUUUCUCACCCCCUUGAAACGGUGCUUCCUUUUCAGAGUCCAGAGGGACCCUCACUCUGCCUCCUCCCCAGUCAGAGGUGGAGCGUUCUUGCUCUCUCUGGCCUUGCUCCUUUGUUCCUCUGGAGGGGACACUUGAAGUGAACUCUGAGAGAAUCCUGCCCGGGUUCGUCAUGUUGGCAGUGUCAGGGGCCGGACCAUUCCCAGGAGACCCUUCUCAGCCGGUUUUAUCUUCUGUUGCUGCCAGACGGCCCUGGAGCCAGGCAGGCCUCUGUGAACAGGUGCUUCACAGAGCAGUGCCUUCCGCCUGGACUUUAGACCCGGGGUUAGUGUUGUGGCGCCAGCCUGUGAGUCAGACCUGUCCAUGCUUGGGUAGAGGUCUGGGCCUGCUGUCUGUUUCUGGGAUCCUGUUCUGGCGGGAGAGCCAUGAAGGGCCCCCAUAUUUGACCCUACACCCCUGCCGGUGUGUGUCAUGGAGUUGGUCAAGCCGCACGAGUAUGGCUAAUGUGGGUAUCAGAAAUUGGCCAUGAUGACCAGACACACAUCUUCUGCUCUGUCUUCCUGGCUCAGCAUCCAUUUGUGUCCCAGUGUGGACGCUAGUGGUGCUGUCACUACCACCCGUGUCAGAGGAUGACACCAGCCUGGAGGCUAUAUUCAUGGGUUUUCCCACCUCAGAGGGGGGAUCAGCUAUGUCUGAAGUGGCUUCAGAUACCAGUGCCCAAGAAACAGUGCCACUGAUGUUUUCACUACCCUCCUGGUCCCGCCCGGCCAGUCCUCACCACACCACACGUGCUCCACAGGGUCUGCACCCCUGCCUUGGCAGGGCUCACUGGGACUAGUGUCCUUGGUUCACGGCACCCAUAAAGCCUGUUGGCAUUGAACGGAAACUCCUUGUUUGGAGGUUUUGCUUCUCUUUGUUUCAUUGGGGUAAAAGUGGUCCUGGGAGCUGGCCACUCCGUCCUUUCAUUUUCAGAAAGCUCAUGUGUUUACUGGUCCUUCCUGUCACUUCACAUUGCCUGUCACUGAUGAGUUUCCUCUGAUGCGCCACUAUGGAAAUAAGUAGUUCGGGAGAAGCAGGGACCAGAACCACUGCUCCGAAGAGCACAAGAGCACACUCAAGAAACGCAAAUUUAAAAUGAUUCUUUGGCACCCAAGGUUAGCGUACUCUGUUAUGUUCUGCACAGACUGUAUGGAACAGCCCUAGAAGCUCUGAAGGAAAUUUCUCUAGAAACAUUCUGUAAUUGCUACACUUCCUUGACUUUCAGCUUAAAUACCGGGAUAUGUCAUUUUCCAUUGUUCUUAGCCAAUCUCUUUUGUAUUUAUCAGUGUAAGUCCUGUGGGUCUUUUUUAUCUUGUCAAAUUUUGUAGCCUUUUUAAAUAAAUCCAUUGUAUGAAAA